AUGGCUGCUGGGCUUUCUCCAAAAUUAGCAGCUUCCAAUGCUGAAUACCAUGCUGCGAUUUUGCAGUUAAAGAGGGAACAUAAGGAUGAAAUUGAGAAACUGAAAUCUGAGUUUGAACUCAAAGUCUUUCAUAUUCGAGGAGAACAUGCUUUAUCAGUAACAAAGCUUGAGGAAGACAUUCUGUAUUUAAAAAAUGAACUGGAAAAUAAGUUAUACAAGCAAAACGAAGAAGCAAAGGAUGCCUGUGUAUCCACUGAAGAUGACAACCCACCAAAGUCAUAUAGAAAUGUAUGCAUCCAGACAGAUAGAGAAACCUUUAUAAAGCCAAAUGGAGAUGAAACCCGGACACCCAAAAAUAAUCAAAUAAUUCCUAAGAAACUUUCUAUACCUUAUUUGAAUAAUAGUGUUUUGGCUUCAGCUGAUCGGAAGGAAAUAUGCAGUUCUGGCCAGACUUCAGGGAAUGUUUUUUCAAAGUUGGAUCAAACAUUGGCACCUCCUCCUCCACCACCUCCUCUUCCUCUCUCACUAUCUGAUUCAAUCCCACCACCACCACCGUUGCUGCCAAGCUGGAGAUCUGCCCAUCCACCACCUCCACCACCACCACCACCACUUCCUGCAGCUUUUGGGGUUCAUCAGCCAUCUCUGCCUCCCCCACCAGGGCCACCUCCAACAGGAACGGGACCUCCUCCACCACCACCGCCACUGCCACUUGGCUCUAAUAUUUCUUCAAUAAGUCAAGGUCCUCGAAAACCUGCAGUUGAACCCUCUUGUCCCAUGAAGCCACUCUACUGGAACAGAAUCCAAAUAGCAGAUAGCAGCCAAAAAUCAAUGCCAACUCUUUGGGAGUCAUUAGAAGAACCCAACCUUUGUGAUACAAAUGAAUUUGAAUACUUAUUCUCAAAAGAAACAGCUCAGGCAAAGAAAAAGGCACUAGCAGAGUCUUAUGAAAAGAAAACAAAAGCCAAAAAGAUUAUCAAAUUGUUGGAUGGGAAGAGAUCUCAGACUGUAGGAAUUUUGAUAUCUAGUUUACAUCUGGAGUUGAAGGACAUAGAACAAGCUGUACUAAAUAUGGAUGAUUCAGUAGUUGACCUAGAAACAUUGGAAGCACUGUAUGAGAAUAGAGCACAAAAGGAUGAACUGGAAAAAAUAAAGCACCAUUAUGACACUUCAAAAGAAGAAGAAGUUAAACUCCUGGACAAACCUGAACAAUUUUUAUAUGAGUUAUCCCAGAUCUCCAACUUUGCUGAACGUGCCCAAUGUAUAAUCUUUCAGUCUGUCUUCAAUGAAGGAAUAAUUGCAGUGCAUCAUAAAGUUGACCUUAUUCAUCAUGUUUGUAAGGAGUUGAUCACAAUGAAAAGUGUGAAAAAUAUUUUAGCUUUGAUUCUGGCUUUUGGAAAUUAUAUGAAUGGAGGGAAUCGAACACGUGGUCAAGCAGAUGGAUUUGGCUUGGAAAUACUUCCCAAACUAAAAGAUGUUAAGAGCAGAGAUACUGGUAUCAGCCUUGCAGAUUAUGUUGUAAUGUAUUACCUACGCCAUUGUGAUAAGGAAGCAGGAACAGAAAAGAGUGUAUUUCCACUGCCAGAGCCACAGGAUUUCUUCCAGGCAUCUCAAGUAAAAUUUGAAGACCUGAUAAAAGAUUUAAGAAAACUAAAGAGAGAUCUAGAAGGUUGUGAAAAACAGAUGAAAGUUGUUUUCAGAGAAUCAUCCGAAGAACACCUUCAGCCCUUUAAGGAUAAAUUUGAAGAUUUUUUCUGUAAAGCUGCAGAAGAACAUAAGACAGAGGAAAGUCACCUGGACAAUGCACGAAAGUGCUUUGAAGAAAUGGUGGGGUACUAUGGGAUAAAGCCAAAAUCUGGUGAAAAGGAGACCACGCUGAAUUACGUUUUCAUGGUCUGGUAUGAGUUCUGCAGUGACUUUAAGACUAUUUGGAAGCGAGAGAGCAAAAACAUUUCUAAAGAAAGACUUCGAAUGGCUGAGCAAUCAGUGAGCAAGUUAACUGCAGAAAAGAAAGUGGAAACUAGGAAAAUCAAUCCAACUGCCAGUCUGAAAGAAAGACUACGUCAGAAAGAAGCUGGUGUGACUCCCAACUGAAAGAAGACCCCCAGAAACAAUGACAAUAUGAUUGAAUAUCUUAAUGAUGCAACACUUUGCCCCUUCCCUUUGGGAGCACCUUAUUUUACAUGAAGUUUUGCUUUGCUCUUUUCCUCGGACAAUCCACCAAAGACUUCUCAAUCCCUUGGUUUAUACAAGCAAGGGAACGCUAAGAAGUUUGUUUACAUGGGAAUUAGGAAGGGUUCCUGAGAAACUGUUCCUUAUGUGGUUGAAAUUGAAUGAUUUUCUUAAAAGUGAAGAACUACUCUAUGCAAAGUAUGCUAGUAUGGAAGAGAGCAUAUCUGUAUUUUAGGCAGGGCAGUAAAUAGCUUUAUAUCAUCUGCAACAGAUGUUUGGGAUGGCUAAUAUAAGUCUAUUGAAGAUUUGCUGAAUUGGUGUCCGCUUAAAAUUAUUUUGAUGGCAUUCAUAGGAUUAAGUUUACCUUCUAUAUUUUAUUAUGAUUAUUUUUAUAAGAACCUCAAUCUAUGCGUAGGAAUAGAAAUACUGUUUUUGCACAUAUGGAGAGAGAACUAAUAUCAAAAUAUAUGCUGCACUUGUUGCAUCAAAUAAUGUUUUGAGAUUUGUUGCUAUUUUUGCUUUAAUAGUAAAAUGAAGGCUUGCAUGUCUAGAUGAGGUCCAGAUAGCAGUCUUCAACAUUACAUUAUUUACAAUCAUCUAAUUGGAUGACCAUAUCCAAACUGUCUCCAUUAUUUAUAAUUAAUCUAAGACAAAGCCUAUAUUCUUUAACAGUUAACAUUUUGAUAGAACUAAUGUUUAGAAUAUUUCUACAUAAUUCUGUGUGUAUGUACUUAUGUGUCCGGAACACAGUAUGCACACUUAUAUACAAACACAUUUUCUACUUACAUUACUCAUAUACAUUUUACUGCCUAGACUGAGAAGAAAGACAGCAUUCAUCUCCCAUUUUUCAUGUUGUAACAAUUUGUAUGAAAUAAUAUGAAAUGAAGGGCCAUUUAGAAUUAAAAUUAAAUGUUAAAUGAAUAAAUAAUAAAAUUAAAGUGAAUCUUUGCAAUGAAAUAAUAAUACACCCUCUCCUCAUUUAGUGACUGAAAUUCAUUCCUUAUAUCAGAAGCUAAAUGGUCACUAAGUGAAUCACAUGACAGAGAGAGAGAGGUGCUGUGAAGAUCUCUGUGCAGCAAUGCCAGCGUUACUCUCACUCCGGUGUGCAUUGUUAUCAGGUGCAGAAAUUUGAGCGUAAGUGCAUGUAUUGGUCAGAAAAUGAUGUUUUUAAUUUAUUAUUACUGUCUUAUUUGCAAACAGUUGCUAAACAAGGUAGCCGCUAAACAAGGAGUAGCUGUAAUAAUAAUCAGGUAAAAAUUGCUGAAUACUAAAAAGUAAUUAAGCAUAGGCCAAAGUUGUUUGACUCAACAAUUGAAAAUGUGGACCCAAAAGAUGAUAAUCAGAGUUCUGUGUUCUAGAGGUUGCAUCAAAUAUAUUUCCCCUUCUUGCCUGAAAGAAAGAAGUGCCACUGAAUCUGAGAUGGCAUGCUUUUCCAGCCCUUUUACUAUAGGUAGCUCUGGAAAGGCUGUUGGUAUGUCAUCCUCAUAGCAUCUGCCUGUUCUCCUUUUUCAGGGAUACUGUGCAUGAUCAGAAGCAUAAAGAAACAUUGUUUGAUCCUCAGAAUGUCCCAUCUUUUAGAGUUAGCAGGAAAAUGCAUUAGUCUUGAACUGUGUUCAGGAACAUUGAUCAAUUUAAUGAAACCUCAGAGGGUAUGAUGAAUAAAAAAGAAAUAUCAUGACAAAUAAAGACCUGGCAAGUAAAUGCAUGGUUAUUCAAUAUAUCUUGUUAAAAGUAAUUAACUUACUGUAAGGAAAAAAAUAUUUCAAAUAUGUAAUAAGUAACUUCCUGUUUAUCUUUGCACAAUUAAAGGAAAGGGCUCUAAAGUAUAUAUAUUAUGAUUGCCAUUGAAACAUGAAAUUUGUAGAAUAGAUAGUUAAGCAGUUCUUAUUGUAGACAUUAGUAGUGAUCAGUGGAAUUUUAUUUUCCUCUUAGAACAGAAACAUGACUUUUUUUCUGUCAUGAAGACAAAUACAAUAAAUUGAGUAAAUUAAGGUGGAUUGCAUAAAAUGUAGUUAAGAUUUUUAGUUUUGUGAAAGUUUACUAAGCUAUCAAGUAGUUAUGUGCAUAAUAUAAUAAAUUUCCCACUUUGUAAAUUGUUUUAUUUGCCAUGUACAAUGCCAGAUCUUUUGCUUGUAAGUUUGGACAAUGUGCAUAAGUUAACAAAAUGCUUCUGAGUGUCAGUUGCAAAUUUUCGACACACAAUCCUAAAAUUCCAAAAUUAGAAGUGGAUGAUGAGGUUACCUCUUUGCUUUGUUAUAGGAGCUUUAAAAAUUCAAGUAAGAAAAAGCAAAAAACAUGCUAAUUUAUGCUAAGAGAGAGAGAGAGAGACUUAGUGGUUAAUUCAGUUUUAUUCAGUUAACUCAGUGCUGUUACUCUUUGCUGUGCAAAUAUAUGGCAGCUGGCCAUUUUCAGUUAAAAUUAACAUACAGUAACAACAAGAACACCAAAUUAUAUGUGUAUAUAUUUUCAAAUAAAUGACAUCCCACAUAAUGUUAUUUUGCAAUAUUUUAGAAUGAAUCCAUUUAUUUUGCAAACUGGAAGGCGUGUUAUCAUCUGCAUUAUAUAAAUGUCUAUACAGAAGAGCAAACGAAAGAUGGUCAUUCAUGCAAAAGAGAUGAUGUCAUGCACAUCACUUUCCCAUGUUUAGCUCAGACUGUUGGAAUAGGAAUAAUAGGAAUAGAGACCUAUUUUGUAGAGAAGGAAUGCCCUCCUCCAGAAGAAUCUGUGUCUUCUACCCAGUCAAGAGGAUAUUUGGAUCAUACCGCCAGUGGAAUCCAAUAUAUAUGCAUGCUAUUUGGGUCUUUAUUAUUCUACUAAUGUAUAGGUGAACUCUGUUGUCCUGGUUGGCUUGGCCUACCACAAAUACUUUAGAAAACCUCAAUUUAUAGUUGGAUGGAUGAUAUUGCAGUACUGGAUAUUUAUAGACUUUGAAAAUGGUAUAUCUGAAGCUGUCUGAAGUACAAAUCAGUGGCUCAGCAAAUAUAGAAGUAUAAAUAUACUGGAAAUUGGGGAUGACAGAAAAAACAAAAACCAAUAAUAAAAUAUAGCUUUGAUUUGUUUAUUUUAAACCUUACUGAGUAAAUAUUUUGAAAUUCAAAAUACUAAAAACAGUUGAAAGGCAUUGUGGAAAUAAUGUGUUUAGGAAUGUAUUUAUUCUUUUCUUUUUUUUUCAUAAUGGUUUGGAUUCUGGAUUUAAUUUUCUUCCUGCCAAGGCUGUCCCCACUGGAAAUUAGAUUGUCGUUCCCAUUCUACCUGACACCCUACUGUUCCAAAUAAUCCCUGCCCAUUACUGACAACUUUUAUCUCUUCAAAUUGUUUUAUUAUGUUUUAUUUUGUUAAAUUUAUAAACCACCCAACUUCACUACAACUCUGGGUGGCAUACCCCAGAGAAAAACAAAGAAAAACAACACCCAUUUCAUGAAUCAGACAACCCAGAAGGGGCCUGCCACCCACUCUAGCCCAAGGCCUAGGGAGAGAGCCAGAUUUUAAGGGUUCAUCCAAAUAAAGUCAGGGUGAGGGCUGUAUGAAUCUCUGGAGGGAUGUCAUUCCAGACAGUAUGCACUAUAACAGAGAAGCUCCAGUUCCUGGGCCUGUCAGGUGGCAUUGUUUAAUCAAUGGGAACCAGAGAAUGACAACUUUGCUGAUUCAUAUAGAACUGGCAGCAAGUACCUCGAGCCUAUGCCAUGAAGGGCUUUAUAGGCAAUAACCAGUAGUUUGAAUACCAUUUCCAUUGGUAACCUGUGCACUCCUGGAGCAGAGGUGUUACAUGGAUAUAGCAAGACAUGCCCAUAACUGCCAAUCCCACUGUGUUCUGGACAAACUGCAACUUCCAAGUACCUACAAAGGCAUAGCCAUGUAGAAUGUGUUGCAGUAGACCACAAGCAAGGUGACUAGAGCAUGAGUGGCUAUCUUAAGGGCCUCCUAGUCCAGAUAUGGAUACAAUUGGUAUACUUGAAUCUAUACUGAAUCUUAGCGUACUAGUAUACCAAAUCUUGCAGCUGCCACCUAUCCUUUGACCCCCAAACUGCACAUCAGUCCUGAAGGAGGCAGUACAAUCCCUUUUAGGACUCAAGGUGGAGCAUCUCCAGAUCCUGGUGGUAGAAAUGCCUUCAGCCACUUAGUCUUGUCAGGGUUGGGCCUGAGUGUUCCUCCCCAUCCAGACUCCCACGCCUCCAGGCAUUUACUAGACGUAGAUUCAAUUAAGCCUUAGGCAAUUUGUAUUCCAAUUAAUGGGCACAAUCAAUUAAUACAUAGGCUUGCACCUAGGGCCAGAAACUCAAGGGUGAUUGAGUUCUGACCUCUCCAAAGCCGCAUGCCACAAAAAUAAAAGUGCAUAUACACAUCUCCAUAAGGCCGUGGUGCAAUCCCAGGAACUCCCCACCCAAACACACACAUACCUUUGCCACCAAUGAUGGGGAUAUAAUUUCUCACUAAAUUGUGAUGGCAAAUUGCUUGAAUGCACUUUAUUGACUAAACUUUUCAAAGUUUAGCCAUUCCAAAUGAAAGGUCUCCAUAUCUGCAGGAGAGGCAUGUUACAGAUCCCGUCUACCAAAGAGUGUCAUUUGGCAGGACCCAGAAAGAGUGUCCUUCAUGCCAUGUCACAUACCCUGUGGAACAUCAUCCCUCUGGCCCCGACCCUCUUGGCCUUUAGGAAGGCCCUGAAAACAUGGUUCUGCUGCUGUGCCUGGACGUCUGGCAAUGGUGGGGAACUCUUACAGUGGCUGUGUUGAGCUGAUGUAAGAUGAAUUCUGCUGAUCAUGGUUUUUUGUUUUAAAGUGAUUAUGGAUGGUCUUUAUAUCAUUGUAAUUUGUUUUUAUUGGAUUGUGUUUACCUGUUGUGAGCCACCCAGAGUUGCUUAGAUGAGAUGCGUGGCCAUGCAAAUCAAAUAAUAAAUUAAAAUAGAAAUAUUUCCUUUGAAACUGCCACAUUUGACACAGUGUGAGGGUGUUGGAAACAUUGUUAGAAUUCUCCAGUUCCUAUCUGGUCUAUACAACUUUAUAAGAUUCAGUUUCUCUGGUAUACUUCUCUUGUGAAAAUGUGGCAUUAUUUCUUUCCUGGUGCUCAUGAACCAUUGUGUUUGUUUGCUUACUUGUUUGUUGUCUUUUAAAUAUUUAAGACAUAUUUUGACUUAAAUCACUCUUAGCAAUGAAGCAUAAUCUGCAGAUCACUUUAAGAUUGAUAGGGCUGAUAUAAAGAGGCGCAAUCCUUUACUUGUUUCCUGAGCUAUUGGCUCUUUGUAUCUUCUUAAUGAAGAAAGUUCUCUUUCUUUUUUGCUACCAACUAUGACUGGUGCAGAGGCUGGAAGAGACUGCCUCUUUCUGCCCCCACCAAAUUAAUGCAAAUCUAUUUCCAUAGCAUAUCCAUGCUGUACAAAAGGUUAUAAAAAAGUACCUACUGGCAGCCCCAAAAUUCCUCAAGGUCAUACCAUUGAAAAUUGGAUUUUCUACUAGUUUUCAAUAAAAAAUUAAAUAGCCUAGGCUUAUUAAGAUCCAAUACACCAAAAUAAGCAAAAAAAAACAAAAAAAAAACCACAUAAGGAGUAAACUGCCAAAAUGCCAAGUCCUUCUGGUGAUAUGAUUAUAUCUCAGUCCCACCUUUGCAGCUCUUGAAUGACAUGGGUCUCCUCAAUUUUGUAGAUUUUCUCUUCAAGAGUUAAGGUAUUCUUUUUUCUCUUCCCCAGACUCAAAAACUGGGCCAAAGUUUAUAGUCCUGUCUGAUCUAGUGAUUUCCCCAGCCACAUGAAUUAUGGCCUCAAAGCCUAUUUUAUUACCCCACCCUCCUCCAAAAAAGCAGAUCCAGCUACAAAAUUGAUGCUCAGUCCUGGUCUGGUCCUCUUGCACAUGUAUUAGGAGACAGCACAUUUUCUUCCAAAUGUUGAUGCUUUUUUAUAU